AAUGUAGACUUGGUUGCCGUCUUGAUAAAUGAAUCUCCUAUCCUUUUCCUCGCAAAAGAAAAAAGGACUAAACAAGUUCCUCUGCAUUAAGGAAGCAGCACAAAGUGAGCAUCUUCACUAGCGAAGUAGAAAUAAUGCAAAAAGCUAAAGAAGUUCCUCUGCAUUAAGGAAGUGAGUCAAAAGUCUUUGUUGGUACGUUUUCUUUUCAUUUCCCUUCUGUAUACUUUUUUCAGUCGAAUUCUCCUAGACCCCAUAAGCAAACACAGCGAGAGUUCGUUCGUGUGUCCUCAUUCUUUCUCCUCUCAAUCAACGCUCGGAUGAGCAUCUCCGGCGAGAUCAAGAAGCUAGAGCCGGAGUACCCGCGGCGGCCCGGCCAGCCCGACUCCUUCUGCUACGUCAAGUUCGGGAGCCGCAGGUUCAGUUCGGAGACCAGCGAGCUCAAACAGCUGGAACCGGAGUGCCCGCGGCGGCCCGGUAAUCCGGACUGCCCGAUGGGUGACUCCGCUAGUUCUGCCACACCGUCCUCCUCGAUGAAUCUCGCCAACUCGAAGGCUGGCGAGAUCAAACAGCUGCAGCCGGAGUACCCGCGGUGGCCCGGCCAGCCCGACCGCUUCUACUACCUCAAGUUCGGGAGCUGCAUGUCCAAUUCGGACACCGUCGAGCUCAAACAGCUGGAACCAGAAUACCCGCGGCAGCUCGGCCAGCCGGACAGCCCAAUGGGCGACUCUCCGAUCGUUCCCUCCUCCACUGGUUCUGCCACACUGCCCUCGUCGAUUAGAGUCGCCAAUUCGGAGACCGGCGAGAUCAAUCAGCUGGUGCCGGAGUACCAGCCGCGGCCCAGCGAGCCGGACUGCACGAUUGGCGACUCUCCGGUCGUCCCCUCCUCCGCUGGUUCUGCCAGAUCACCCUCCUUGCUCAAUCUCGCCAAUUCGGAGACCGGCGAGAUGAAGCAGCUGGAGCCGGAGCACCCGCGGUGGCCCGGCGAGCCGGACUGCCCGAUGAGCGACUCCUCCUCCUUGUCGACUGUAAGCAUCACCACUCCUCCUUCAGAAAACAAAAGAAGCAUCACCGCUCCGGCAGGUGACCCCUCCGAUGGCUCCGCCGCACCGCCGGCCGAUUCAGAGACCGGCCAGAAGCAGCCGGAGCCGGAGUACCCGCUGCGGCCCGGCAAGAGCGACUGCUCCUACUACGUCAAGUUCGGAAGCUGCCGGUACGGGAUGAAUUGCUGGUUCAAUCAUCCUCUCUACAUGCGUGGUGGCCGUGGGUUUCAGCGGGAUAAUUGGGUUGGAAGGAACAGCAGCCGAGCAUCUAAUUCAUCCGAGUACAAGCAGUAUAUUUUCGACAAAGCAUGCAACUACAACCGCCAUGAAGGAAAAACCAAAGUCAAGCAAGUGAAGCUGAAUUUCCUUGGGCUUCCACUUCGUCCAGGUACAAUACCAUGUUUGUACUAUAUGAAUCGCGGAACCUGCAAAUUUGGCACCAACUGUAAGUUUCACCAUCCAGAUCCAGAAUCAGAAGACGCGAUUUUGAAUGCUUUGCAGCAUACUACUCAAGGAUCAUAUCAAAUGAAUCUUUCAACAAAGCAUGUCCAGCGAGCACUGAAUGGGCAUUCUGUUCCCUUAGUUACAUCACCAACUAUUGGAACAUCGGAAAUUGUUCCAACUCAAGGAGUCAAUCCAUGUCCAGAAUGGAGUGAAUAUCAGAUGGAUGAAAACAAGCAAGGAAAAUCAGAUUGGGAUCCUUUCACUACUAAAGUUUUUUGUGAUAUUUGUACCGAUGAGGUUUUAGCUGGAAAUCGACCAACCGACCAUUUGAAUGGUAUUGGGUAUAAGAACUUAUGCGCCAAGUUCAAUGAAAAAACAAAAAAAGGCUACAGUCACAAGCAAUUUGAAAGUAAGUGGGAGUCAUUGAAGAAAGACUACCAGACAUGGAAGGCAUUGAUGGGGCAGGGUACUAAAAUGAAUACAAUAUCUGCAAGUCUAGAAUGGCGGGCAAAAAAGAUGGAGGUAAUGCCAGAUUGCGGAAAGUUCUGUUUUGCGCCACUCGAGAAUGUUAAUCUUCUAAAUAUAAUGUUUGAGGAUAUGGUAGAUUUACGUCCAACUGCACCUGAAGCUAAUUUGGCAGUCAAUACAACUUUCAGAUGUGAGCAAGGUGCUGGUGAUGGAAAUGAUGUAGGCAUCAUUGAUAAGUAUGUUAAUGAGCAAUCUAAAGAGGCAAUGCUACAGCAAUCUUAUAAAAAAGAACCCAACUUGACGAAAGUCAAGACAAAUUAUGUGCAUGCGGAACUCAAUGAUCUUGUUAACUUUGAAGGAAAUCUGAACCCAAGCAAUUUGGCAACGCCUAUGAGGAUCAAUCGAGUAGGAAGCAAUAUUUCUGAGAUCAUGGAGUUGGUUGUAGGUGCUGGAGCUGAGGAGGGCAGUGAUGAACAUUUCCUUGCUACUCAGUUAUUUAUUAGACCUGAACAUCGGGAAAUGUUUCUUACCCUAAAGACCCCUCGAGGAAGGCUUGGGUGGCUUAAAAACAUGUGCCUCGUGAAGGAUCGUACUUCAACUGUAGCUGAUGUUUAUUCUCUAAAACUAAUUUGAGUUGUUGUUAUCACGAGACCAUUUAAAAGUAAUUAAUAUACAAAUUUAAUGCUA